UGAUUUUGAUGACAGGUGAUCACAUCUUCACGCGUAAAUUAAUCCAUCAAAAGACACAAUAUACACAAACGGCGGUGUUCGUUGAUAACGUCAUUAUGUACAACCACCUCCGUUCUACAUAAGAGUUCGGACGGUAACCUCAAGUAUUCGUUGGCAAACGACAAUCAUGGCGAGAUUGUUUGUGUUCCUACUCGUCAGAGUUUCUCUUGUUCUCACACUUGAAAAAAUUUCAGCUUCAAAGGCGAUAAGAAGAGUCGAAAUGGAAACGGUCGAGCAAUCGCAAGAAUCCAUCUCAAGGACGAAAAGAUCGACAAACAGAAAGAAAAGUUACAUUUUCUUUGAUAACAGAAGUGGAAAGACAGCCAAGUUGUACUGGAGAGACGUAAGUUCUUCUGGGAGACCGACGUACUUUACGAAAAUCCUUCCGAAGCAAGCGGUCACGAUCACAAGCCGAACAGUACAUGAAUGGACUGCGAGGGAUAAUCAAGGAAGAAGUAUGAUCAUUGGGAAUGGCACUCGCAUGGUUCCUGUAGCGAAUACAGAAACGACAAAAAGUAUAUUCUUUAUCAAAAACCAAGGCCAGAAGACAAUUGAAGACGAGCAUCUCUACGUCGAGGUAUUUGUAGUAAUGGACAAAAGCGCGGCAGCAAUGCACAGGACUGAAAGAGAAGCUCAGAAAUACGUCACAACUUUGUUUAGAUUGGCUACAGAGAUCUACCAACACAAAGAUCUGAGUCAGCACGGAAUAAAAAUACAUUUGGCCCUCGCAAAGUUGCUCGUGCUACGCAGGGAUGUGAACGAAGUGAAAUUACAACCAAGAGAUGAAAAGAACGCGUUAUUGAAAGCCUGUAGAUACAUGAACAACAUUGGCAACUCAGAUGGAAGAAGAUAUGACCAUAAACUUUUUAUAACGAGGCAAAAGUUUGGCCGCGCAGGUUAUGCUCAUUUGAGAGGAAUGUGCAGUCAAAACUACAGUUGUUCAAUCGUCAAUGAUUACGGUUUUAAAGGCUCGUUCAUUAUUGCUCAUGAAAUCGCCCACGGUUUCGCUUUGACAGACAAACCAUUCGGCAGAAACUCUGGCUUUGUCAUGUCGGAAAUUGUCGACUGCGGUUUGGGCAGAUGUGGUUGGUCUCAACAAAGUCAAGUGGAACUUUUGACAUAUUUCAGGUCUUUUGGCUGUGUGAGGAACAAACCGAGGCUUAUGCCAAAUCUCCCAUUUGUACACAAGUAUCCUGGCGUGGAUUACUCCCUUUCACGACAAUGUCAACUGCACUUCGAUGAAGACUACAUAGUAAAGAUCAGAAGAGACAGGGAUCCAUGUGCGAACCUUGAAUGCAGAAUGCCACCGCCAAAAACGGAAUUCUCAAGACCAAUAAAAUCACAACCGCUGGACGGCACAGAAUGUGGGCACAACAAAUGGUGCAUGUCGGGAAAUUGCAGGGUGAAACCCAUCAGCCACACCACACAAACAAAAUAUAAUCCGGAAGUUGUAACUCGCCGGAAGAGAGAGGGUUGGGGAGACUGGGGAAAAUGGUCCCAAUGUUCACGAACGUGCAAUAGAGGAGUCCAGAUUCGCAGAAGACUGUGUACAACGAGAAGUCUGAAAAAUAUGAAUAAAGUUUGCGUGGGAUCCAGUUGGGAAGUAAAGACAUGUGAUACGAGUCGGGCGUGUCCAAUUGGAGACAAAGAUGGCGCAUGCGCACAAGUCGGCGCACGGUCCCACCCAGGCCGUAAAUGGAAACAUAAUGAUAACUUAAAUAGACUUGACUGCUCGUUUGAAAAAGACAAAUGCUCUUGGACAGACGUCGUCCGGUCAGGUUUCAAACAAUGGACGUUACGGAAGGGCAGGACACCGUCACGUGGUACCGGACCUUCCGUAGAUUACACGUUGAAGACGAACAAAGGACAGUACGUCUACUUCGAGUCGUCAACACGAAGUACAGCACAAGCUGAAUUGAGAAGUCCGCUGAUCAAGUAUCGUGAAAUGUGUUUUUCCUUUUCCUACCACAUGUGGGGUGACGGUAACAUGGGUCAGCUGAAACUCGUCAAGGAGAGUGGUAGAGUUAAGACAACAUUGUGGAGGAUGUUAGGUAACCGAAGAAACCGCUGGCAUCGUCACACAAUGAACAUACGCACCACAACUGCAUAUCGACUCUCGUUUCACGCAAAGAAAGAAGGUUCUUCAUAUAAAAGCGACAUCGCCAUAGAUGACAUCGAUGUCAAACUAGGAGCCUGCUCCAGACCCGGACAGCGGAAAAAUACCAAGUCCAUAUCAACGUCAUGUCAGCUAUCGUGUAAGACAGUAGACAAUCAAAGACCGGCAAAGGUUAUGACAGGAGUAAAGGCGUUUGAUGGAGCCGCUUGUUCCAGCAAGACUAUCCCAAAAGGUGUUUGCUACAAAGGAGUGUGUAAGAAUAUUGGCUGUGGGAGCGUUCUCACGAACGGUGCAAGCAAGAGAUGCACGCAAACGAAAACGCAACAACAGAACGUAAACACCCAAAGCGGCACACGGACAUCCAACGACAACAGGCGAGUCAGAACAACUGCAAGAGUAACGCUCCAAAGGCCGAGAACAACGGCAUCGACAAUGAACUAUGAUCGAAUAAACUGCAACUUCAAUCGAAAUUUUUGUAACUGGAGAAACAUGGCGCCCAAAAGCCGACAAAAUGUAUAUGGUAAUGAACUUAACUGGUUUAGACAGAGACAAAAACGAAAAGGAUACUAUUUACGACUACGUCACAAUGGUAAAGGUGGCAUUAAGAUUGGAUCUAUAAUAAGCCCAGAGAUAACAGAGCCCACGGCGUGCCUAAUGUUUGACUACAGAUUAAAUCGCAAGGGAGGCUAUGGUAGAAUGCGAGUAAAAUUAGCGAAAAAGUUCAGCAAGAUGUUCCAUGCUAGUACCAAAAAAUUCCUGACGAGAAGCCCAAAAUGGAAAAAGGAAAGGAUUGAAAUAAGAAGCGAAAGAACUUAUAAGAUUAUUUUCGAGGCAACUCUAUCACGAAGUUACACAGGCAAAAUUGCUGUCGACAAUAUACGUUUUCAGAGGGGGAAAUGUGCACAAAUUGUGGUGAGUUUGAGAUAGACAACAAGGGAUGAAAAUCGAGAAAACGAAGCAUCAUAUGAAUGCAAGAGAAAUAUACACACACACUUGGGACAUGGAAGAGCACGAAGGAAUUAAAUCUGAUACUAACAUAUAACCCAGAAUCCAUAAUCAUUGAUACGAAAGUUUAUGGUUGAAAAUGGCGGGAAAGGAUUAAUUAUUCGACAUAUUAAUUAAUCUAUUCGUCAUCAAUAUAAAUAUACUUUGAAAUAUAUAAAUUAUAUCUAUCUUAA